CUGAGAACCGUUUUUCAGGACAGUACGGCAAGUGAAGGGAGUUCAGACGAUUCCGUGGAAACAGCUCUAUCUAUUUCAUCCAUACCAGAGCACAUAAGAGUCAAGUAUUCGUUUUUGAAUGGCAAAAAAAUUGAAGUCUCACAUGGAGCAUUCACAGAUCAUGCAGAUGAUGAUACGUUAGCUAUGAAAGAUCUAGAUUUAUAUGGUGCUAGUCAAAAGAAAGCAACAGGUGAAAUGGAUAUGAAACAGCUGCGUGAUUACUUUGCUGUCAAGAAGCCAGAAAACCCACCUACAUCGGCCAAGAAGUCGACAUCCAGUACUGGCUCAUCUUUACCGAGGAAGAAGAAAAAGAAACAUAAGAAAAAGAAAUCUGCGCUGCUCAAAGGGAUGAUACGUGACAUGAAAAAGAAGACUGGAGUGAAAACACCACCGCCGGCUCAAAAGGCUGCACUGGAAUAA